AAAGGAAUUCUACGUCAGUUCAGUGGUCAGUGACAAUUUGGAAUUUAGGAUCUCCAAAAGUCUCAAACUUUUCAUCCCUGACUUUUCAGAAAGACGAAAAUGAAUUUAAAAGAUGAAGAAGUAUUUAUCGAUUAUAGUAUUAUUAAGGAAGAGUAUUCUCUAAGUCAACCGGAAUUGAAGAUUGAGACCACUUCUGUAAAUUCAGUAAAUUCCUUAGAAUCUACUCAAUUUGUAAUCAAGGAAGUCAUCAAGGAAGAAGAAAAGAAUUCGACGAAGAAUUUUCAAUGCAAUAUUUGUUUAACGUAUUUAAUAAGCAAACAGACUUUAGAAAAGCAUUAUGAAUGGGCUCACGCCAAUGAUACAAUUCCUUGCAACAUUUGCAAGAAGAUGCUGAAGAAUUACAGAACUCUGAAAAAACACUUAAAAGUUCAUGACAAAGACAGAAUAAGAUACAAAUGUGACCAAUGUGAAAAAACUUUUGCAACCAGAUACCGAAAGAAGUGUCACAUCGACGUGGUCCACAACAAGAACAAAGCUGUACCACAAAAGGAAAUAAAACCCAAAAUCCCCGAGAAGUUUAAUUGUAGGAAAUGUAGAAAAAUAUACCGUGGCAGAGAUAAUAUCAAGAGACACUUGUUGAUGCAUAAGAAAACAAAGGAUAUCAAUUGCCCAGAAUGUAGAAAGGUGUUCAAGAAUGAAACACAUUUGGAGAAGCACAUGGACUUUCACAGAAAACUGAAACCAUUUAUGUGCAAUAUUUGUGGAAUGCCAUUCUCUGGUCGUGGAUCACUCACCAAACACAUUACCAGACAUAAGGAUAAAGCCGUUACAUGUCCUCAUUGCAAAAACGUAUAUAAAAAUAGUUUUUCCUUUAAGUGUCACCUGAAAGAGAUGCAUAAAGGUAUUCCAUUCAACAUUUCAGCUCGGUCUCUUUCUUGUACGAUAUGCAAUGAAAAUUUCAAGAAUUUGGAUAAUUUGAGGGAACACGUGAAGAUUCACAAUUGCAGUAGUAAUUUUGAAUGUGGACUUUGCGGGAAACAUUUCAAAAGGAAAAGUAAUAUGCAGCAACAUAUUAUAAAAACUCAUAGAGGGGUAAGCAAAAAGCUAAAGCAUAAAUAUUAUGUGCCAGAUGAGUCAUACAGGUAUUCUUGUCCGCAUUGCUAUAAGGGUUUUAAUGCAAAAUCCAAUUAUUUAAAUCAUUUGACUGUCCAUUCAAAUGAGCGACCAUUUGGGUGUGAUUUCUGUGAAGCAAAAUUUAAAACUAAGCAACAUAUGAACAGGCACAAGAUAAUGAAGCAUGAUAUUGAAAAUGUUCCUGAAAAAGAUAAUUCUAUGGAAUCAGAACAGGAUGCAGAAUUUCCAGUAAAUCCAGCAACUAUAAAAACUGAAAUUGAAGAUAGUGAAUAUUUGGAAAGCCAAAUUGAGGUUUCAAAUUGCAUCAAGACUGAAGAAGAUGCUUCAAUUAUAGUGAAAACCGAAGAAAUUUUGCAUGUGGAUUUUAACCCAAAACAAAAUAGAUUUAUCCUUGACUUCUUUGAAGAAAACAUAAAAAUGAGUUUUGAAGAGGACAAAUUAUUUGAGGAUACUAUUAUUAAAGAAGAAUAUUCCUUAAAUCAACAACCAGAAGAGUUUUAUCAAGAAGUGAAGAUAGAGAGUCCUUCUAGGAAUUCAAUAAAAUCUGUUCAGUUUGUGAUCAAGGCAGUAAAAGAAGACCAAACUAGAUCUAAGAAGUUUCAUUGCAAUGUUUGCUUGAAAUACUUCCCAAACAAAAAAGGUUUGACAAGACAUCAAUUCAGUCACAUCACUGAACCAAAACCCUGCACAAUUUGCAAGAAGAUCUUAAAGAAUUCCAGAAGUUUGCAAAGACACAUGCUUAUUCAUGACAAAACAAGAUCGAAAUACAAGUGUUUGCGGUGUCCAUCAUCAUUUUCGACUAGAUACACAGUUAAUCGUCAUAUUAGCGCUGUUCAUGAUAGACCAAAGGAUGAGAUCAGGAAGAAGUUUACGUGUAAAGAAUGUGGAAAGCAGUAUAACGGAAAAAGUGAUUUCCAGAGACAUGUGUUGAUUCAUUUAGAAGAAACUGACAUCAAAUGCCCUGAAUGCCCAAAGAAAUUCAAGCAACAGAAACAUUUGGAUAUACACAUGGACUUUCAUAGGAAAGUAAAACCAUUUAUGUGCGAGAUUUGUGGAAUUCCUUUUAAAACUCCUGGACUUCUUACCAAACACGUUGCCAGGCAUCUGGAUAAAUCUAUUGUUUGUCCGCAUUGCAAAAACAUCUAUAAAAAUAGGUUAUCUUUUAAGGAUCACAUGAGAGAUCUGCAUAAGGGUCUUCCAAUUGAUAUUUCAGUUCGUCCUCUUUAUUGUACAAUAUGCAAAGAUCGUUUUAAUGAUUUGGAUAGCUUGAGGGAUCAUGUUAAGAUUCACAAUUACAGUGGAGCCUUUGAAUGUGGCUACUGUGGGAAACUUUUCAGGAGGAAAAACAAUUUAAAAACACACCUUUUGAAAGUUCAUACAAAGGUUCCUAAAACGAAAAAGGCGGUACGGAAUGAACUUUCGGUACCAUUAUCACCUGUGUCUGCGUCUAAUGAAUUUAAGUUCGCUUGUCCGCACUGCGAUAAAAAAUGUUUUACGAGACCAUAUUAUUUAUUCCAUUUAUCACUGCAUUCAAAUGAGCAAUCUUUUGAGUGUGAAUUUUGUAAGAUAAAAUUUAAAAGUGAAAAAUAUUUGAAGCAGCACUUGUCUGAAAAUUCUUGCAAAAGAGACAAAAUGGUAAAACUAGAACAACAAAAUGCAGAAUUUCCAGUAAAUCCUGCAACUAUAAAAACUGAAAUUGAAGAUAGUGAAUGUUUGGAAAGCCAAAUUGAGAUUUCGGAAUACACCAAGAUUGAAGAAGAUGUUUCAAUUAUUGUAAAAACAGAAGAAAUUUUAGAUUGAGUAAAGUAUAAGUUUUUUUAAAAAUAAUUUCAGGUAAAAGUUUCUGUUUUAGCUGUAACAAAAAAAUGAAAAAUGAUUGAUAUUCGGAUUAAAA